AUGGUAGUGACGUUUCUUAUGAGUGCAUGGAAUCUUCUUCCCGAAGAGGGCACAUAUGCAGAUGUAUUCCUGGAUAUGAAGGAAAUCGCUACUUUAACGAAACAGAUUGUACAGAGAGGGAGGAGCAAUAUGCCUGAUUUCGAUAGGUUCAUACAAGUGUUUGUGCCCACAAGUUCAAAUCCUGAUGUUUUUCCUGCAAUCAUAGGAUCGGUCUCUUCAUUUGUGGUUGUCUUCUUAGCAGCAUCUCUUAUGGUUUGGCGGCUAAAGAUAUACUACUUGAAACUUGUGGAGGCCAAGUAUUUUCAGCACUUGCAGCAAUACAUCGCUUCUAGAGUGGGUAGAGAAAGCCUGAAAAUGUUUUCUGCCAAUGAAUUAGCAAGAGCUUCUAAUUAUUAUUCAAAGGAAAUGGUGUUGGGAAGUGGCGGAUUCGGAAUGGUAUAUAAAGGAAUUAUGUUGGAUGGUACUCUUGUGGCCAUUAAAAAGUCCAAGAAAGCUUUGAAUCUAGAGGAUGACCAUGAGUUUCUUAACGAAGUUUCAAUUCUUUCCCAAAUAAAUCACAGAAACAUAGUGAAAUUGUUAGGCUGCUGCAUCCAAACUAAAUUUCCAUUGCUGGUAUCCGAAUUCGUUUCAAAUGGAACACUGUUUCAACAUUUACAAUCCCAAGAAGGGGUUUUUCCAUGGGCUUCACGCCUGCAGAUUGCAAUCAAGACAACGGAGGCUUUGGAAUAUCUACACUCUGGAGCAUCUCAAUCCAUUUUCCACCGAGAUGUCAAAUCAUCUAAUAUUCUUUCGAACGAGAGACUCUAUCCUAAACUUGCAGAGUUUGAGAUUUCUUGUCUCAUCUCCACUUCCAAUAACACACAUGUCACAACUAAUAAUAUAAUGGGCACAAGGGACUUAAGCACAAAAUUCCAUAGCAGCGUAAAAUUUGACGAACAAACAUUUGAGCAGACAGGAAUUUUCGGAGAAGCAUCACAAAGUUCAUAUAAAUUUAGGAGUUAUACUUUCCCAUCUGCAGUUGAGAGUAUGUCACAGGAACCAUUCACUGAACUAGUUGAGAUGUCAACCAUGCCUGAACAGAUUGACUUCAAAGGAAAGCAUUUCUAA